AUGCCAUCAGCCAAGUUCAAAUCAAAGCUGAAGUUCGGAUCAGAGGACCAAGUUACCGGGGCUCUCGCUUCACUGGAUGACAGCAUUUCGGAUUUUCAGAUGGAGUUGGACAUCUGCGCCCAAUUCCGAAUGGGCCGUAUGCACGAGACGAUCAAUUCAAACGGCGCCAAACUGAGCAUUAUUGAGAAGGUCGUCAAAGGGCUAUCUCAGGACUUGAACGAAGGAAACGUUAAAGCUGUUACCAAGGAGACCAUCGAAGAACACGUUUGCAACGCCCUGCACCGAUUCUACGCAAGCAACCCUCAUUUCAACCCCGUCAAUGGAGGGCUGAAAGAACCGCUUCCAAAAAGGCAACAAGGUGAUCUCGAAGUCAGAAUUCCGGAGCAGAACAACAAGAUUGUCGAAGAAUGGUACGAAUCUCUGCAAGACUUCGAUCCUAGCCCAGAGAAACAUGUUAUAGAGUGCAUGCGCGCUGGCCUCGGCCGGUUAACUCUCGAAGACAGAGAGAAAAGCCAAUGGAUCAUGUCUACACCGGAGGUUUCCAACUGGCUGCGUCUCGAUGAAUCAAAUAUCCUGGGCGUCAGAGCCGAAAAUGCACUCGAUGGAUUAUAUCACCCAUUAUCCUUUACGGCAGCUCUUCUAACGGAAACACUUCAAAGAUCAACUGAGUUUCCGGUGUUGUCUUUCUUCUGUGGGAUUCGAACGAAUGAGAAGUUCGACAGAGUGCUGUGCGGACCCUUGGCUGUUCUCAAUAGUCUGAAUGGUCAGCUGUUGAAAUACUUUUCGCAAAAGAGACCAGGUGUCGAUCUGUCUCUAUUGCAACAAGAGAACAAGCGAUUGAUGAAGAAAUCCACCCAGAAGCCAAAGUAUGCGGUUAAACUGUUCCGUGGACUUCUUGAGCUUCUCGAGGAUGACGAUGUCGUCUUUAUCAUCCUUGAUUCUUGGUCGCGAUUGUUGGGGGAUAGAAUUGAAGCUGACAAGGUCAUCGAAAAGCUGUCUCAGACCACGAAGGACUUUCCUCAUUUGGCGAUCAAAAUUCUUGUCCUAGACCCUCUGCCAUCAGAUUCAAUACAUGAAUCGGCUCAUUCGGUGCUUUACGUCGCGGAAGAAAUCGACGGUUGGAAGAAUGACGUGUCGCUAAGCUUGUUGAAGGCAAGUAACGAGAGAAUGGUGGAGGACUUAAAAGAUGUCCGGAACAGAAAACGCGAGGUGGAUGAGUCCGAGUCGGAAACUUCUGAUCAAGACUGGUAG